CAGCGGGACUCCAGGAUGAUAAACACGCAGGACAGUAGUAUCUUACCUUUGAGUAACUGUCCCCAGCUGCAGUGCUGCAGGCACAUCAUUCCCGGGCCUCUGUGGUGCUCCGAUGCCCCUCACCCACUGUCGAAGAUCCCCGGUGGGCGAGGGGCCAGCAGGGAUCCUUCUCUCUCAGCUCUCAUAUACAAGGACGAGAAGAUCACUGUUAACCAAGAUGUCCCAGUGCACGAAGGGAAGCCUCACAUUGUCCAUUUCCAGUACAAGGUCACAGAGGUGAAGACGUCCUCCUGGGAUGCAGUGCUCUCUAACCAGAGCCUCUUUGUGGAAAUCCCGGAUGGAUUAUUAGCCGAUGGAAGCAAAGAAGGGCUGUCAGCACUGCUUGAGUUUGCUGAGGAAAAGAUGAAAGUCAACUACGUCUUCAUUUGCUUCCAAAAAAGCAGAGAGGACAGAGCUCCGCUCCUGAAGACGUUCAGCUUCUUGGGCUUUGACAUCGUACGGCCCGGCCACCCCUCUGUCCCGUCGCGGCCAGAUGUGAUGUUCAUGGUGUACCCCCUGGACCAGAACUCUUCCUCAGAUGAAGAAUAGCUGCAGCGGGGACACUGCAGCGGCACACAGACACCAUGGAGGGGAGAGGGGGAUGUCUCCUUUCCUGAGGAAAGGGAAAACGAGAUUCUGAGGGACUGACCCUACAUUUCUCAUUGUAGAUUGGCUACGUAUCCGGAGUUGACUGUCGCGUUGAAACAUGUUGACUAGAGAACUCUACACACAUGUAAUCACCAAAUAGUAAAUGGGAGAUGGUUCUGGACUGUGAGGCUGCAUGGGGCCAGCCACAGGGCCCCUGGGUAGUGCAGAGGUGGGCACAGCACUGGCUGCUUGGCCUCUCUAAGCCUGUGCUGGCCCUUCCCACGGCCUGCUGCACACUCAGCAGACAGACUGCACUCGUUUCUCAGUUUCAGGUGUGUUUGGGGCAUCAGGAGGAACCAUGUGCCAGUUUAACCAUUAACACUACCGUGCGUCCUGGCUCAGGGCAGCCAGCACUGCUCUAACUGCUCUAACCUUUUCAUUUUAAAACCUCUUGCUCUUCCAACAUUUGUUUUCAGCAGUCUUAACCCUGUCCUGUGUUACCCCUGCGCUACCGCAGCCUUCAAU